AUGGCAAGUCAACGUGAUUCAUGGCUGGCGCUGACGGUGGAAGAGCCGUUGGAACCAGAUUUGCCCAUCUGCGACCCGCACCACCACUUCUGGGACCGGGAGGGCGACCGGUACCUGUUGGACCAGCUUUCCCAGGACCUCGCAGGUGGCCACAACAUUGCCCAGACGGUGUUUAUAGAAUGCCAUUCCAUGUACCGCGCUUCAGGGCCGGUGGAAAUGCGCUCCGUGGGCGAGGUCGAGUUCGUCCAGGGCGUUGCCGCCCAGAGCGCCAGCGGUCAGUACGGUCCCACAGAGGUGGCCGCAGGAAUCGUGGGCAACGCCAACCUCAUGCUGGGCGCGUCGGUACAGCCGGUGCUGGAAGCGCUCCAGGCGGCCAGCGGCAACCGCUUCCGGGGCAUCCGCUUCUCCUGCGCCUGGGAUGCCAGCCCCGAGGUCGGCUCGCCGUCAUCCAACACACCGGGGAUGAUGCUGGACUCCCGCUUCCGGGAGGGGUUCGCCUGUUUGCAAAGGCUGGGCCUCAGCUUCGACGCCCUGGUGUACCACACCCAGCUGAAUGAACUGGCGGACCUGGCCGCUGCCUUCCCCGACACCGCCACCAUCCUGAACCACGUGGGGCGUCCCCUGGGCGUUGGCCCCUACGCGGGAAGGCGGGACGAGGUGUUCGCCGACUGGCAGCAGGGCAUCGCCGCCGUGGCCCAGCGAGAGAACGUGGUGGUGAAGCUGGGCGGGUUCGGCAACCUGAUCAGCGGCCACGACUGGCACCAGCGCGCAACCCCGCCCACCUCGUGGGAGGUGGUGGAGACCAUCGGCCCCUGGCUGACCUACUGCAUCGAGCAGUUCGGGCCGCAACGCUGCAUGUUCGAGAGCAACUUCCCGGUGGACAAGGCAUCCUACUCCUACACCACAGUCUGGAACGCCUUCAAGCAGUUCUCCCGGGAUUUCUCCGAAACCGAGAGGGCCGCCAUGUUCCAGGGAACGGCGGUGCGGUCCUACCUCCUGUAG